UUCAUGAACUCAGUCAGUGGUCAUAUUUCCUUGGGCUGGAAGGAACUCAGUUGAAAUGGCAAUUCUCUCUAACAUUCAUACAUCAUUCAACAGUUGACUUCAUUAUCUUAACGCUAACUCUGCAUCAAGAUCAGUCUUCUGUAAUUAUAUAAGCCCAUACAGAAAUCCCAGGAAACCUCGCUGAACAAAUCUAAACAGCAUCGUAAACACUAGAAUUGUCAUACAAAAGAGAGAAGAUGGUAGCGAUUGAAGUCCCAAAAGAGUAUGGCUACGUCAUAUUUGUGCUCAUAUUCUACGCUUUCUUCGACUUCUGGAUGGGCUCUCAAGUUCUCAAAGCAAGGAGGAAGUAUAAGGUGUUUCAUCCGACUGUACACGCUAUAGAGUCUGAGAACAAGGAUGCCAAGCUCUUUAACUGUGUCCAGCGAGGGCACCAGAAUUCUCAGGAGAUGAUGCCAAUUUUCUUCGCACUUCUGCUCGUAGGUGGGCUUCAGUAUCCUACGAUGUGUGCUGGAUUUGGCCUAGAUUACAUCAUGGGGCGCUUCUUCUACUUCAAAGGCUACUCUACUGGUGCUCCAGAGAACCGAUUUAAGAUUUGUGGUCUGAAGAUUGUGACAACGAUGGUGUUCGCAUCUCUGGUGGCGCUUGUGAUAUCAACAGCUUCACUUGGGAUCCAUUUGCUCUGUUGGAAUGAUUAUAAUUAGCGUGUUGUUUCCCAUUAAAGUGUUGGAUAGCAGGUUCCUAAUAUGUUUCCUAAUUUGUUUUG